CUGUUGCUGUUUCCAAGUAAACGCAAUUUUUUGUCCUCACAAAUACCUUACAGGAUCCGCCUCUGCAUUUUACCAAGGAAAACACUCAAGAAAAAAGGAACAAAAAUUUCUUCACAAGCAUCAUAAACAUGGGCUCGAAUAAUAGUUUUUCUCUUUUGAUUCUCUUCUCUCUGCUACUUUUGUUGAUUCUUGAUUCAGCACCUCUCACAGCUUCAAGGUGGUCUUGCCCUAUCCACUGUGGAGGAAUAGAGAUCCCUUACCCCUUUGGAGUGGGAGAGGGUUGCUAUCUCGAGAAAUCGUACGAAAUUACAUGUGCUGGUAAUACCUCUAUUUCAGGGAAGGUGGUCCCAAUGCUUUCCAUAAUUGGCAAGGAAGUUGUGAAUAUCUCUCUUCCAAGGUCGUCAAUUCGUAUAAAGAAUCCAAUAGCUUCAAGGGGAUGUUCAAGCGAUGGAGAAGACUUUGAAUCACUUUUGAAUUUGACGGGUACCCCUUUUUACGUUGGCGAUAGUAAUACAAUGAUAGCGGCUGGCUGCAACAACACGGCAUCGCUGACAAAUGUCCAGCCAAGCAUGGUGGGAUGCACAUCUAGCUGCGGUCUAACAUACCAUACGCCUACUAAAGAUUUCCUUGCACUAGCCGAUUGUACUUCCCGUUAUGGCUACUUAAACGACGAGCAUUGUAGUGAAAGCAGCAUUCUGAAUGUAAAAAGCUGCAGCGGUGUUGGAUGCUGCCAGGUAAACAUGCCUGAAACGAGUCAACAGAUUGUUGGUGUCAGAAUAGAUAACACCACGACAACGGGAGGGUGCAGAGUUGCCUUCUUAACAGACGAGGCAUACUCUUUGUCAAAUGGAUCUGACCCGCACAGGUUUCAUGCUAAAGGAUAUAGUACCGUUGAGCUAACAUGGUUCAUCCAUACCGCAAAUCGUUCUUUUGUUGGCUCUCUGGGAUGCUUGAAUUAUGAUUUGCAUAUAAGAGGAAACCCAUCAUAUGGAAGCUCUUACGAAAAAAGUUGUGCGUGCGACUUCUAUUAUAAUUCUUCAGCCUAUGCAAGCUGCAAAUGCACUUCGGGUUACAGGGGCAACCCGUACAUUUCGGGCGGAUGCAAAGACAUUGAUGAAUGCCUAGAAAACAUGCAUACGGACGGAACUCCCAUCGACUGUGCGGGCACUUGUGUCAAUUUGCGGGGAGGCUUUAUGUGUAUAUACUCAUCCUUGUCUAAAACUCACUCGCGGCCAGUAGUUGCUAUAGCGAUUGGUUCGAGUUUUGGCUCAUUGAUCUUUGUUGGUGGAAUAUACUGGUUAUACAGAUUUAUUAGAAAGCAAAGAAAGUUAAACCAAAAGAAGAAGUUUUUCAAGCGCAAUGGGGGUUUAUUGUUGCAACAACAAGUAACCUCAACGGACGGCAACAUCGAAAAGACAAGAGUGUUUAGCUCAAGGGAGCUCAAAAAGGCCACAGAAAACUUCAGCUUAACCAGAAUACUUGGCCAAGGUGGUCAAGAUGUCCCCAUGCUCGUCUACGAGUUUAUUCCUAAUGGCAACCUCUUCGAACAUCUUCACGACGAGUUUGAUGAUGAUAACAACAUGAUGGCUACUUGGGAAGUGCGAGAGAAGUCAGUCUCUUUCUUGCGGUCUCAAGAAAACAAGAUACUGGCAACUUAUUUCAUUCUUGCAAUGAAAGAAAACAAGCUUCUUGACAUUAUUGAUGCGCGGAUCAGAGAUGGAUGCAAGCUAGAUCAAGUGACCGCAGCGGCACAAAUUGCAAGGAAGUGUUUGAAUAUGAAGGGGAAAAAACGACCAAGCAUGAGGGAAGUGUCCAUGGAACUGGAGAAGAUUCGUGCGUCUUCUUCGGUAGAUAUGCAGCAGGCACAUGAUCAGUACGUCAGCGAAAACGAGGAAGAUACUGGAAAAAGAGUUAACGUACUAGAGGUUGAAUCAUGGAACAACGUGGCUGUCACAGCUCCAGCUUCUCAAUACGACAUCGCUUCAUCGUCUUUGUCAUCGUCCGAUAUUGAGCCUUUGUUUCCUCUUCAAACACGUUUUUGUCAUCUGCACAUGAAACAAUUGUUUACAGACAACUUUUCGAGGGCUCGACCGUUGACAUUUUAUUCUGAAAAGAAAAAGAAAACUGUAAACCAAAAACAUACUACAAUGAAGAGAGAGAGGCUUUUCUUUUGUAUUCUACUGUUUCUCCUAACUCUGUUCAUCGAUGUCCCUUUCCCUUUGAUAACAGUUACAACAGCUCAAAAUCUCAACUCUUCUUCUUCUUCAACUUCCUGUAAUCGAAUCUGCGGAGGAGUCUCGAUUCCUUUUCCUUUCGGAAUCGGACGGAACGACUGUUAUCUCAACGGCUGGUACGAGGUCGUCUGCAACGCCACUACCUCCGGCUCCGGUAAAUCUCUAGUUCCUUACCUCUCUAAGAUCAACAGAGAGUUAGUGAGCAUCACUCUUCGAAAUAGCCUCGACAGUUCCUACGGAGUCGUUCACAUCAAAUCUCCGGUGACUUCCUCCGGCUGUUCUCAACGACCUCAAAAGCCUCUUCCUUUAAACCUCACCGGUAAAGGAAGCCCCUUUUUCAUCACCGAUUCGAAUCGCCUCGUCUCAGUAGGUUGCGACACCAGAGCGUUGAUUACCGAUAUCGAAUCUCAGAUCACGGGAUGCGAAUCGAGCUGCGACGGAAACAAGAGUCGUCUAGACAAUAUCUGCGGUGGCUACAGAUGUUGUCAGGCGAAGAUUUCGGCGGAGCGUCCACAAGUAAUCGGCGUUAGCCUAGAAAGCUCCGGUGGUAACACAAGUCAAGUAGGGAACUGUAAAGUUGCUUUCUUGACGAACGAGACUUACUCUCCGGCAAAUGUUACAGGGCCUGAGCAAAUUUAUACUAAUGGGUAUACUGUGAUUGAGCUUGGAUGGCUCUUUGACUCAUCGGAUUCUCGGUUAGCGAAUCCAGUGGGAUGUGUGAAUUUGACGGAAACUGGGAUGUACACCCUACUCUCACCGAGCUGUGUUUGCGAGUAUGGUUACUUCUCUGGGUUUGGUUACAGUAACUGUUUCUGCAAUCAUAUUGGUUACCGUGGGAAUCCGUAUCUUCCUGGUGGUUGCAUUGACAUUGAUGAAUGUGAGGAAGGAAAAGGAAGAAACAGCUGUGGAGAAAAAACUUGUGUGAAUGUCCCUGGAUCGUAUAGGUGCGAGGCGAAGGAAACAGAGAAGAUCAAGCCUGUGAUUCAAGGUCUUGUUCUAGGUUUGGCGCUGUUGUUCUUAGUUCUUGGGAUAUGGGGAUUGAUCAAAUUCAUUAAGAAGAGAAGGAAGAUUAUCCGAAAGAGGAAGUUCUUUAAACGUAAUGGGGGUUUGUUGUUGAAACAACAGUUAGCUACGGAAGAAGGAGGUAAUGUGGAGAAAUCGAUGAUAUUCAGCUCGAAAGAGCUGGAGAAAGCGACGGAUAGCUUCAACAAGAAUAGGGUUCUUGGGCAGGGAGGUCAAGGUACUGUCUACAAAGGAAUGUUGGUGGAUGGACGAAUCGUAGCUGUGAAAAGGUCUAUAGUUUUGGACGAAGACAAAGUUGAGGAGUUCAUCAAUGAAGUUGGUGUUCUCUCGCAGAUUAACCACAGAAACAUCGUGAAACUCUUGGGUUGUUGUCUCGAGACAGAAGUUCCUAUCUUGGUCUAUGAGCAUAUACCAAACGGUGACCUAUUCAAGCGGCUUCACGAUGAUUCUGAUGAUUACACAAUGACUUGGGAUGUGAGAUUGCGUAUUGCUGUGGAGGUUUCAGGAGCACUUGCUUACUUGCACUCGGCUGCAUCUACUCCUGUCUAUCACAGAGAUGUCAAGAGCACUAACAUACUUCUGGAUGACAAGUAUCGAGCCAAGGUGUCGGAUUUUGGUACUUCUAGGUCUAUAAACAUAGAUCAAACUCACUUGACAACACUAGUUGCUGGUACUUUUGGAUACUUGGACCCAGAGUACUUUCAGACUAGCCAGUUUACGGACAAAAGUGAUGUUUACAGUUUUGGAGUUGUCUUGGUUGAGCUUAUAACCGGAGAAAAACCGUUUUCUGUAAUGCGGUCUGAAGAACACAGAGGGCUUGCAUCUCAUUUCAUUGAGGCCAUGAAAGAGAACAGAGUUGUUGAUAUUGUUGAUUCUCGGAUCAAAGAAGACUGCAAGCUGGAACAAGUGUUGGCUGUGGCGAAACUUGCCAGAAGGUGUUUAAGCCUAAAAGGGAAGAAGCGGCCAAACAUGAGAGAGGUUUCGAUUGAGCUUGAGAGGAUCCGUUCAUCACCUGGAGAUUUAGAGGUACAUAUCGAAGAGGAAGAAGACGAAGAAGAAACCGACAUGGAAAUCAACAUAGAUGAUUCUUGGAGCGUCGACAUGACUGCUCCAGCAUCCCUCUUUGAUUUAUCACCCAAGUUAGAUGUUGAACCACUGGCUCCUCAACGAACAUGGUCAUGAUGGAAUAUGAGAGACUGCAAAAAUGUACCUUUUAAGUGUUGUAUAAUUGUGUGAAACAGGAUGUCUCUCAAAAAAUCGUUCAGCAUUACAUUCCAUUAUAGACAAUUCAUUUGUACAAAUAACUGUGGGAAUAAUCUUGGGACAUAACUCAAGUAAGAUUAAAAAAAAGAGUGUACGUUCUGAUUAAACAUAAGCCAUUCUUUUAGGAUGGCAUCUUCUUAGUUUUAUUAUGUUACUUGCCUAGAUAUCUAUACAGUGAUG